CAUCGAAGAAACGUGUCUUAUGUAUUUCACUUAAUUCUGAUUCACUUCGUGAGAACAGGCUAAGUUGGACGAAGAAAACAGAGAAGAAGAAAGCUUGCUACUACCAAACCACGGGAAUCAAAAUAAUUUCCUUUGCAGCUCCUUUGAAAAUAUAUUCUUAUUUAUAAUGAAGAUCUAUCUCGCCAUCGUCGUGCUCGUACACACUGUCACAUCGUCACCUGUGCCAGCAUCAUCCUCAUCAUCAACGUUAUCGCCGUAUUGUCUUCCAAUGAACCAAGCUGACUACGAAUCACGAGAAAGAAACGGCCAUCUGUUCUAUCCAAACCAAGAUGCAUUCGCCGUUCAGAGUUUUAAUAUUAGCGACGUGGAUAUGGGAAGGAAAGAAACAUCAAGCUGUCCAUACGAUGGCCUUUCCAGCGCCAAGAGCUGCCCGAACGGCGCCAAACCAAGUGCUUCUGAACCAACCAACGCCAACCAGGAUGGACUGUGCCCGUGGACCUACGUCGAGUGCUUCGACCCCGAUCGCAUCCCGAUGUCCAUCAGCAUGGCGCAGUGUCAAUGUUCAGCGUGUUUAGACCCUUACACCCAUAUGGCUGAUCCUAACUUGCGAUGCCAACCUAUCUUUCAUAACAUGCAAGUCUUGAGAAAAACUCAGUGUGUGGAUGGUCUCUAUCGAUAUGAGGAGGAGACUAUGAACAUACCGGUAGCGUGUGCAUGUAUGAGACAACGAGUGGCUUAAACUUGUCUCAAGCUGAGAAUGAUGAAAAAAACCGUCAAAAUACCAAAGAUUAACAUCACCUUGCCUCAUUUUACAUUUACAAUUAUAAAUUAUUGAAUAUCAGAAUUGUAUGCAUUUGUAUUCAUAUCUAUUAUCUAAGAAUAUGUUGCUUAACUUAUUUGUUUAUAAAAAAUAUAUUAUUAUUGAAGCCAUAUGAUGUAUCCAUAUAUUGUCUAACCUACAUGCAAAUCUAAUGACUGAUAUUUAAGAUGUGCGCUUUAAAUCGAUUGUUAUGUUUAUCUUAUUGUGCGUUUUAGCACGUUUCCUUCUAGUACACUGCUUCUGUUUAUUGAACAUUGUACUCGUAGACCAUGUCAAGUUUGGCAAAUAUUUUGUAUCCGCUAUGUGGAGUGUUUGUUCAAUGAAAACAUGCUCAUGUGAGCCUUUCUUAAAAGUUUUGGUCAUAGAAUUCGUCGCCCGUAAAUGUUUAUUAUUUUGUGUAAAGAAGGGGAAUCAUUGUUGUUAUAAAGAGUUUUCAUGCAUUAAUCCGAGAGCUGCAUACAGUUAGAUACACAAUCAUAAACAUUAGUAAUCUAAUAUUAACACCAUUCUGAUUUUGUAAGCGAUAUAAUCUCGUUUGGGUUCUUAGAGGGCGUUUUAAAAAUACAUUGGAAAUCUAAACCUGAAACGUUGCAUCGGAACAAUUUAACCCCGAAAUGCUGUAUCAGAAAAACAACAAUAUAAAUAUUACAUUAAUAAUAAUAAUAAUAAUAAUACUCAAUAUUUAUAACGUGCUUUUCCCACAUGGCCCAAAGCGCUCACAAUUUCAGUUAACUUAUUUAUACAAACAAAAAUCAGAAUGACAUAUUAAAUGAAGGCAGUUGCCCAGAACAAAAGGGUUUUAAGAGACUUCUUGAAGGACUCAAUUGUUGGGGAUUGUCUUAUUGUGAGAGGGAGUUUGUUCCAUUCCAUUGAGGAUGCAACGGCGAAUGUUCUAUCUCCGGUCUGUUUUCUUUUUGUUGGAUAUGUUAAUUUAAGUGGGUCUUCAGAGGAUCUAGUUUUUCUACCUGGGACAUAAAUUUCUAAACAAUCAGACAAGUAUUUUGGGGCUAGGUUAUAGAGAGAUUUGUAUACAAAGAGAAGUAACUUAAAAAUAAUCCGUUGUCUAAUAGGGAGCCAGUGUAAAUUAUUUAAAAUUAUAUUUUGUAAUGACCGUUUUUUUUGUGGUGAUAACUACUCGAAAUGCAUACAGGUGUAUGCUGCUAUUUCUAGGAAGACGUAUAACUCUAAAGACACACAAUGUUCAACUUUCUAAAUAUAUUUCUAUUAAAUUAGUAUAUGCAUAUGUUUAACAACAACUUUAAGGGCGAAAUGAUUGUUAUAAAGGAUAUCUUUCUUAUGUACAGAUGUAUUCUAUGCUCAAAUUGACUGCCUGAUGUUAAAUAGGAUAAUGAGUUUUACGGACAAUAUACCGGGUAUAAUGAAAUGUCACUAUCCGCAUCCUGUGGGUCGUUUCAUAACGUUGUUCGUAAGUUAAGAGCGACUGGUUAACCUUUCUUACGCGCUAAAUCAUCACGAAUGAACAUUUUAGUGUAUACCAUUUAUCCCAGGAAAAGAUCAGUCGUUCGUUAAGUCGCUCUUAACAUACAAGCACCAGGUAACUUGGGUUUCUUUCUCUUUUUUUGUAAUUUCAUAAUAAAAUGAAGAUAGCUGAAUGGUGCCAAACAUUCUUCCUAUCAAUAACUGUUUUGAGUAACCCAGAAGAACAAAACUGGGCGUUCCCAGCUAAAACGUUUUCCGGCUUUUUUUUGGCAAGAUUUAUUGAAAUACCUCCUGUCUAAUGUGAAGAGAACAAA